AUGAGUGUCGCAGGUUUGAGCGACGGGGAUUCGUUUGAUACAUAUGCACCCAAGCCCAAGAAAGCGAAAGUCGCUCACCCAACUGAAGUGACGUCUGUGGUUGCGGCAGCCAUGGCUCCGACUGCUACGACUCUGACAAGAACUGCCCGACAAAUCCUCGGCAUCAUGAAUGGGCUGGAGCUGGAUGACGUGGCCAGCUACUUCGACAAAGACGGCGACGACAUCGACCCAUACGUCGUCUGUGACGGAGUGUCAGUUGAAGCAUUCAACGCGUACGUUGGAGACGGCGAAGGACUGCCCGUCGCACUUCGAUUUCUGGAUCUCACUGCUGAUGGGCGCAUUUUGAUUGUCGAGCUCCCUACAAAGGUGCAUGAAAGCACAGCCAGAACAUUCGAGUACAUGUUCCUGGCUGCCACUGGAAAUGGACUUGAGGUUGCAACAGGUGGCUCCAUGAGAGCGAGAAGAGCUGGGCUCCGAAAGAAGGAGGCCGACGCCACUUUUGGACCGAUGCGAUCUACGCCCAACCGCACGGCGCCACCGGUACCUCGAACUAUUUCUGACUGGGUCACUCUGGCAGUGGAAGUUGGGCGAAGUCAAUCUUGGGCGAGUCUGACCGCAGCUGCGAGUUGGUGGGCCGGCUAUGCGGGGAUUCAGUAUGUGUUGCUGUUGAAAGUGAGUGCCCGUGGGACGCAGAUUGCAUACCGACUGUACGACAUCGUAACACCUGGGGUCCUCCCAGACCACCCAACAUAUAGUGAUAUCGUUCGACGACGCACCACACCAAAUGCACCUGCUAUCACUGACUCCUUCAACAUGCACCGAAUCUUGUCUAUCCCUGCGCACCAACCUCUCCCGGACGGAGUGAACCCCGUCGCUGUCGUCAACCUGCGCACCGUCAUGGACCAAGUCAUCGACAGCAUUUAA